CGUUUCAGAAUACGAACCCAAUCUCUCUCUCUCUCUCUCUCUGCAACGCUCCAAUGGCUAAAAUUAACGACGAACAACAACAGAGCACAACGAGAUCAUCGAUCAUGGAGUGGAAGCACAUGCACCCACUUCACCAAAUCGCUGAAACACCGACGCACAAGCUCCUCCUGAAGCAGUGGCUUAAAGAAGAGGAACUCAUCAAUACCCGCAUAGCUCUGAAGGAGACUCAAAUAGAUUCUACGCGCAAAGAGAUCACCACACUCUACAUCUUCUUCUUCCUCUUCCACUCCACCACUCUCAUGCUCCUCUUCAACUCUUCACAAUCAUCACCGUCUUCUUCCUGUCACAAGUCAUGGUUCCCUUCACUUUGCUCUCUGCUAUUCUCUCUCGGAAUCAUGUGGGCCCUGCGCUACAAAAGCGCUGUGGAGGCUCACAUGGAGAGGAUGCUGCUGCGGGAGAAGGAGGACAAAGGGUUGCUGGGUAAGUGCGUGGAGGAGUUGAAGAAGAAAGGGUUGGAGUUUGAUUUGAUGAAGGAGGUGGAUGCUUUGAGGAGAGCCAAGAGUUUGAGGGUGGAGACCAAAGAUGUUAGGAAAUGGUCUUCAAGGGACUUUGUUUUCUUGUUUUUCUUCUCCAUGGCUUGCUUCUCUCUUGUUCUCACAAGGAUCAUCUUGUGCAGUUAGGAAGUGGGAUUAGUACAAAUUUAUGUUCUAAAUUUUUUAAUCCUUUGGUUUUGGUUAAGAUCUUUGCUAUCUGUCACCUAUUAUUACCAUUACCAUUAUUGCAAGGGGGCAGUUGCAGAAUGUACUGUUCUGCUUUUAAAUGUGUAAUUUGGGCAUACUAUAUAUUGAACUUGUGGAAUAAAGUUAUAAUUUAGUUUCAA